CUAGUUCCGAUUAGCAAAACUACGGUUUAUUAUUGAUGUUGACACUGGAGUUAGUCAUUUAUGGCUCAAAGUUUCGCAAUCCUUGUUGUCAGACUAUUGAUAUUUAACACCGGAUACGUUGAAUAGACUACUUCAAAGGACCUAUGAUUAAAAGAACGUCAACACAUCGGGUCCACAUAAUGAUCCAAGCCGCUGGUUUCUGAGUUGUUCCUCUGCCUACUACGAGAAGAGAGGUACUAUAUGAUUUCCUGAGUUCCGGCCGAGUCAAAGUUUCUAGAGUUAUGGCAACCACGAAAGAGAUGGAUCUGCAACGUUCUCCAGCCCGAAUAUCAGGAGGAUCGCCUCCCAACACAUCUCGUUCAGCCUGUAGUCGACAGGAGGGAAGCGCUUUAUCUUCCAAAGAGUACCGAAUGACAACAAAGCCGCUAUGGGCACCUCUUGAAACAGAUGCACCAGUCACACUAGCUUCAAAUAUCAACGACGAAGAGAUUCAUGCUUGCCAGCUUUGUAGCCGAUGGUACGAGACACGUCAAGGUCUAUCCAGUCACGCACGCUUCCAUCUGCAGGAGAUGGGAAUCCCCGACACCGACAUCAAGGGAAGCCCCAUCGAAUUUCUUUAUCAGCUCAUGCAGGAAGAGGACCUCAAAUCCGCCAGCAAGAAGCAUCGGGAGCCGAAUUCUCCAAACAGUCUAAUUGGGGCUUCUGCUAAACGUCCAUCAGAGUUGUCAUCUCCACCCAAGUCUCUUCCCUGUAAGCGACCAAAGCCCCUUGAGGAGUUCACUUGUAUUCUUUGCGGGGAGAUAUGUAAAAAUCGAAGAGGCCUGGCUAGUCACUCACGCUCUCAUUUGCGGCAAAUUGGGGUUCUUGACCUGCUGGGGAAACAUGAGUCUGCUAUUGAUACUGUCCAGGAUUUAGUAAGCAGCGGGGUGUUAGAAAGUGCACCCAAUCCCAAAAAGAACAGCACCACCAACUCCUUAUCCACACCUUCACCAGCACCAACUUCUCCUCUAGCCUCCCCACCUGUGUCUCCCGUCAAGGGGCAAUCCGGGCCCUCUUUUCCCUCUACUUUCCCAAGCCUGGAGAAGUCUCCUCAGAACCCAGUGAAUCGUGCACCAAAGGCUAAAAAAGGCUUUCGUCUGGCAGUGGACCCCCUCCUCAGAAAGCCCAAGCCUGAAACUUUGGAGGUUGAUAUGUCUCUAGGAAAUGGAGGAGGCAGCAGCAGCAGUACACCUCCACAGAACCUAUCUCCUCCUGUGACUCCUUCCAAGGAUGUCGCUGCAGAUGAAGUAUCGCCACCGACAGUACUUUGUGACUACUGCGGUCAGCUUUUCGAGACUCGCAAAGCCCUCUCUUGCCAUGCCCGUGCCCAUCUUCGCCAGCUUGGCCUCAGCUGGUCCAUUAGGACAUCGCCGAUUGAUAUCCUCAAGGAAGUUAUGAUACACGGUGAAGACAAAUUCUUGUCUGGCGAGGUACCAUCAACGGUGAAAACCCCAUGGAGUCCUCAAGGUUCUAAACGGACGUCGGAGAGCCAACAGACAAUCUCCAACCAUUGCUCCUCACCUGUGGAUUACUCCAUGAAAGACAAAUCUCCAUCUAGCAAGAGUGGAGCUGUUACCUGGGGCAUAUCCUGUGAGCUUUGUGGCUUUAACUUUGAAAACCGCAAAGCUCUAGCCAGUCACGCACGGGCCCACCUUCGACAACUUGGCGUACUGGAAUGGAAAGCAGAAGGGGCAAAUUCGCCCAUUGAACUCCUAAAGGAGCUGAUUCAAAAGGACCCAGUGAAGGUGGCUGCUGUCACUCGUCGCUACCGUGAGGGAGACCUGUACAUCAAGAAAAAAAACGUUUCGCAAUCCAAUCUGUCAGAGCCUGAAUCGUCACCUGGUGGCAACCCGAAGUUUUCAGGCCAUAAAUUGGGCAAGCACGAGCAGAAUGAGGCUGCUGUUAUUUUCAAAAAACCACAAAGCUUCACAGACUCUGUGGCAGACAAUGGAAGUGCUGAUGUGCGCUCUCCAAAAGCACUCGUGCUUCCAAAACAACUUCCACUGGCAGGAGAAGAAAAUCAAGACACCAACUCCCAGCAACUAUCACGGUCUGGGAGCAUUCCAGCUCUCCUGCCCAAACCUCCAUUAACUCCUUUGGUCAAACUGGUCGGAAAGGUUUACUCUCUCAAGUGCAGGUUUUGUGAAAAAGUGUUUCAUGGACCUCUGUCUGUUCAAGAGCAGUGGAUCACGCACCUGCAAAAACACAUCCUGUCGUUGGGCUACAAAGGUCAAGCGUCUCCCCCCGCCGCGCCAGCAUCUCCUCCAAGCCUCAUCCAGCCUGUGGCUGUGUAGUUUUAACAACUCUAACUUUGAAAAUAUGCAUGUAUGGACAAAUUGUUGCUGUCUUAAUUUGAACCUUAGACCACUAUCACUCUGUAUCAAAUUGCUUUCUAAAAAGUCUUUGCAGCUUGAAUAUUAUCAACUUUAUAUGGGACCAAACAACAUUUUAGCGUUCACAUGUCUUUGUGCUGCACCUUUGAAUGUACUUUUGUUUUUUUAUACCAAUUUCACUGUGAUAACAUUUUUGAUUAUUUCACCUAAAAAUGGCAGGACAUCAACAAAUGAAUUAUCACUGAUGCUUUUCUAGUCUCUUGAAAACCUGAUUGUCUGCAGGUAUAUGUAUUUUGGACCCAUCCUCUUUACUUCUUUUUACUUAAAUUAAAAUGUGGUAUUAUGUACCUUGUGUGAUUUUAUGAUUAUAUUGUUCAAUGCUUAUAGUUUGAAUGUGCACAUUAAAAAUAAAAGUAAUUUCAAAGAA